AUGGCCGCGGACGACUCGUACACGGCAGCUGACGAGCGCGCCCGUGCCGCCCGGAGGGCGGGCAUCCAGGCGAAGAAGGACGAACAGCCGGCGAACACGACGCGGAGUUACGCGGCGAAGCAGCGGAGUGGAAGGCGCGCCUGGUGCCAUACGCCUCGGGCUGCAGCAGACGGCUCGCUCUAUAGCUGGCCCGACGGCGAGCUCGUAACGCCGGACAAGCUGGCGGCGUGGCUCAAAGAGGAUAUCCUGUUACGACGCGUUGUGCCGCCGCAGAAGAAGCCGCGCGCGCGGGCCGCCGAGCUGCUCGCUGACGACCGCGAGGGCUACGUGCCACCCACAGGCCUCGCGACGGCUGCAGUAGACCUUACCGAAGGGUCUUUGCUUACGAGGGGCACUAUCGACGCCUAUAUCGCGGCCGUUAUCGAGCUAUGGAGGCUCCAGGUGGCUCACGGCAACGCGAAUACGGAGAAUCCCCGGGCGCCGCCACCGCGGAAGCGACGGGAUCCAGGCCGGCUACCUCCCGAUGAAUGGCUUCGGAUCCAGGAUCUCCUUCUCACUGGCGCCGCGUAUACGCCGCAAAACCUCCGUACGCGAGUCGACCUCCUCUUCGGCCACUACCUCUUACGGGGAGAACCGGCGCAAGAUGGAGCUUGCAGACCUAUCCCUACUCGACUAUCCGCCUUCGGAGGCCCGACCCCUGUGGUUGCCUGGACUGGUAUCGGAUCAAGGUCCUCGUCGGGCGGGACCGCGAGCAGGAGCUCGUACCCGACACAGCUACAAGAGACCUGGCGUAUCUUCGGCGCUGCCGGCCUUAUCGCGUCGAAGAAGACGCACCUCCCGCGCAGGGUGGGCGCCCAGGACGCGGAGACCCAUGGCACGUCGCUCGCCCAGAUCUCGCAGGCCGGCCGCUGGAACCAGAGCGUGCUCUGCCAGGCAUAUCUUACGCACCUACCGCGGCAGUUCAUGCGUAUCGUCGCCGGCUUCUCGGCCUCCCGGGGACUACUCGCGCGUGCGGCUCACGAACCCCAAGGCGGUCUCGACGACGACGACCUAGCCGCUGACGGCUUCCGCUUAUGCGGCGCCUGCGUAUACGUUCUUCGCCUACGCCCCUUUGGCGGGCCCGAGUGGGACGAGUUCGCCGUCGCCGUGCGGUCCACCGCGGUAGGGGCUAUGGAGCCGAAUAGUCAGCGGCUCGCCAUCCGGCUUGAGGCCCGGCUGGACGGGAUUCAGGGCGGCCUCGAUGCCCUCCUCCAAGGCAAGGUCCCUAUCACCUUUACCGGCUACUUCGGAGCCGGAGUGCAGUUCUGUCGCCGGAAGGUGAUCUGGGACGAGCUGUUGGCCCGUAUGGCGUCCGGCAAAUGCAAGGAGGCGGCCGUUGCAGAGCUAGAGCUGUUACGCGCCGGCCGAAGCUUGAACCGACUCGUCGACGAGCUCAAACAGCGCCGACGGCGGGGCCAGGAUCGGGGCCAGGGCCAGGGCCAGAUACGGGUACAGGUAGGGACCCCGUGCCCGAUGACCCAGGUCCAGGCCGGGACCAGGUCCAACUCGAGGUCAGGGCCGUCGGGGGCGGAGGACCCGGCUGGGAAAGCGGACCGCCCCUCGUCGACGUAA